AUGGCUUGCGCAAAAUUAUGCGGAAGUAUUGGAGGCAGAAAAGAUAUUAUUCGAAACUUUGAUUAUUAUUGUAACUGGGGUGGUGAACAAGCCUCGAAAGCUCUUUACAUACUUGACAAAUUUGAUGCACACAUCAAUACCAACGAUGUUAAAGCUUUUGGAAAGAUAUCUAUUAAAGUUAAAACUCGUAGUAAUCAAUUGAUAUUAACUGAAAAAAAGGUGAUCGAAUCUAACAUAGUUGAACAGCAUUUCAUUGCAUGCGAUAAUUUGUUAUCUGAGCAUAAGGAAUAUAUAUCCACAGAUGUGGAUUAUAAUCAGAAAGAUUUUAAGAACGAUUACGGUAAACAAGAUGGUAAUGUUGAAGAAAUGAAGAAUUCAGAUUAUGAGAAUUUUACGGAAAGGUACCAAAACAUGGAUAAUGAUAGGAAAUGGAAAUUAACUACUGAACUGAACGAAAUCAAGGAAUAUAAAUAUAAGAAACUCCCAGAUAUGACGACAGAUUUGUUGCGAUAUUUAAACAGUUUUCGUAAAUAUAAUACUCGAGAUCUUAGAAAAGCUGUGUUUGAAACUCAAAGUUGGUAUAUGCCCUUUAAUCGUGAUACUCAUUUUGAUUUGACUGG